AAAAAAGCAUUGGUCAUAGACUAAAGCGUUAGAAUUUCUUACUGUUCAAGUAAAAUUGAAGCACAUACAUCCAUACUCACAAAUCUUUAAAAGCCAUGGCUAAUAAAAUGGUCGGGAAGGGUAAAUUGCCGGUCGAAUCGGAAGAUGCGCAAAAGCUCAGAUUUCAGGUCGAAUUAGAAUUUGUGCAAUGUUUAGCCAACCCCAAUUAUUUGCACUUUUUGGCGCAACGCGGGUACUUUAAAGAUGCGGCAUUCGUAAACUAUCUGAAGUAUCUGCUGUACUGGAAGGAACCGGAGUACGCAAAAUAUCUCAAAUUCCCCAUGUGUCUCUACUUUCUGGACCUUCUGCAAUACGAACACUUUCGGCGCGAAAUUGUAAGCGCCCAGUGUUGCAAGUUUAUCGACGAUCAGGCCAUUCUACUCUGGCAGCACUACACCAGGCGGCGUACGAGACUCACAGCGCUUGGCACAACCAGCCUUACCGGGUUGGCUGUAGGUGGUCAACCGGUCGGAGGUGGCGUUCAAGGCACGCUCCUAUCAAACGAUCCAGCGAUCAUGCCAAACAGUAACAAUGGCAGCAAUAAUGGUAGCACCAACGCCAACAACGGAGCCGGCGGUGGUGGCAUCAGUACGAACAACGGUAACAGCAACAACGGUCCUAAUGGGGGCAGUGUGAAUGCUACGUCCUCUCUGGCACAGCAGCAGCAACAACAGCAGUCGCAGCAGCAGCAACAACCGCAGCAACAGCAAAACGGUGCUGGAAUUACGCAACACAAUGGCGUGGGAGGAGGUAGCAUGUUAAGUAAUCCGAUGGGCGGCGGUGGUGGCAUUACAGGCGGAGGCAUCAACCAGAAAGUUCCUUAAUCAAACGGUUCGUUAGAAUCGAUGCUGUCCAUCCGACCUGUCUCGGAAGACGCUGGAAGCUGUAGCGUUGCAAUCCGCGUAACAUGCGAGCCGUUGAUGUGUAAAGACUGUUUUUAUAAAUAUUGUAUAGCGUAAUUUGUAGGUCCUAAAAUACAGCUGUAUUUA